CCUGUGAGAGCAGUGUUACAGUGUGUCAGUGUGUGUGUUCAGUGUCGGAUUGUUCUGUUCGUGUUAAAGGUUUCGGUUCGACUGAACUACAGCUGCACAGGAGUCAGAAUGAGAAAGAACCGAUUACAUGUACAGUGAGCUGACCUCUAUCAGAAAUUAAUGAUAUGGUGGAGAGUUUGGACCCUCGUGAGCUGGACUUUGGUGAUGAUGAAGCGGAGGACGUGGACUUUGAUUCCGGAGAGUGCCGGAUCUCGUUUUCGGCCGUGUACGGUACGGUGGGGUUCAAGGAAACCAGCGCUCGGGUUUACCUCGCCACCGAGCCCAUUACAGCCAAAGUUCUGGAGGUGGAGCGCUUCAUGAGAACCAAAACCCGCUUCAACCCCUCCGACCAGAGGAACGUGUCCAAGGCCACGUCGGCAGUGUUCCGGAUCGAGUUGAAGCAUGGGAACUUCACCUGGGUGGUAAAGAGGAAGGAGAAACACUUCAUCGAGUUACACCGAGAAUUACUGCGCUACAAAACCUUCAUGAGGAUUCCAUUACCCUCCCGCAGUCACACCGUCCGGAGGAAGAGCGUCAGUCGGAGCGAGGUACGUCAGAUGCCGGUUUUACCUCGCGGAGGGAGAGAGAACAUCACCCGGGACGAGCAGGUCUCCAGCAGACGAAAGCAGUUGGAGGAUUACCUGAACAAACUCCUGCGCAUGGCCAUGUACCGCAGAUACCACGCUACUAUGGAGUUUAUAGACGUGAGUCAGAUGUCCUUCAUUCAUGAUCUCGGCCCGAAAGGCUUAGAGGGGAUGGUGUAUAAGAGGUCGGGGGGUCACCGGAUCCCCGGCAUGAACUGCUGUGGGCACACUCAGGUCUGCUACCGCUGGUCCAAGAGGUGGUUGGUGGUGAAGGACUCGUGCCUGAUGUACCUGAAGCCGGACACGGGCGCGGUCUCCUUCGUCCUGCUGGUGGACCGAGAGUUCAACAUCAAGAUGGACUACAAACACACGGAGACCAAACACGGCGUCCGCAUCGAUAACCUGUCCAGGUCUCUGGUGUUGAAGUGCAGCAGUUAUAGACACGCCCGCUGGUGGGGACAAGCCAUCGAGGAGUUCGUACGGAAGCACGGCAGAGCUUUUCUGAGGACGCAUCGCUUCAACUCCUUCGCUAAAGAGCAGGAACACGUAGCUGCUAAAUGGUACGUGAACGGUAAGACGUACAUGGAGGACGUGGCCGACGCCCUGGAGGAGGCGAGAGAGGAGAUCUUCAUCACAGACUGGUGGUUGAGUCCUGAGAUCUUCCUGAAGCGUCCGGUGGUUGAAGGAAACCGCUGGAGGCUCGACUGCAUCCUCAAGCGUAAAGCGCAACAAGGUGUUCGUGUUUUCGUGAUGUUGUAUAAGGAAGUGGAACUGGCGCUCGGCAUCAACAGCGAGUACAGCAAGAGGACGUUAAUGCACCUGCACCCCAACAUCAAGGUAAUGAGACACCCGGAUCACGUCUCCUCCUCCGUGUAUCUUUGGGCUCAUCAUGAGAAGCUGGUCGUGAUCGACCAAUCAGUGGCCUUCGUCGGGGGGAUCGAUCUGGCGUACGGGCGCUGGGACGACUGGGAACACCGGCUCACCGACGUCGGGAGCGUGACCCGAUCCGUGGCUCAGGAUCAGGCUGACGGCGCGGAGUUAUCGCUGAGUAAACUCUCGUCCGUUAACGGCUCGCGCUCGGUGGAUCUGACGGAGCUUCCCAAACUGAAGGGAAUCGGGCGCGCCCGCCGGAGCCGCUUCAGCCUGUACAGACACCUACACAAACACGGCCUGAGUCACAGCGACAGCGUCAGCAGCGUGGACAGCUCCGACCGAGGGUCCACGCGGAGUCUGCAGACGGGCGUGGGUGAGCUUAUAGGAAACACCCGAUUCUGGCACGGUAAAGAUUACUGCAACUUCGUCUUUAAGGACUGGGUUCAGCUGGAGAAACCCUUCGAUGAUUUUAUCGACAGGUACACGACUCCCAGAAUGCCGUGGCACGACAUCGCCUCGGUGGUUCAUGGGAAAGCGGCUCGAGACGUGGCCCGACACUUCAUACAGCGCUGGAACUUCACCAAGAUCAUGAAGCCGAAGUACAGGUCCCUAUCGUACCCGUUCCUGUUACCCAAAUCUCACAGUACGGCUAACGACCUGCCAUACCAAGUACCGGACAGUGUACACGCCAAAGUCCAGGUAUUACGAUCAGCAGCUGAUUGGUCAGCGGGUAUAAAAUACCACGAGGAGUCGAUACACAACGCCUACAUCCAGGUCAUCGCCAAGAGCAAACACUUCAUCUACAUCGAGAAUCAGUUUUUUAUCAGCUGCUCCGACAACAAGAUGGUUUAUAAUAAGAUCGGAGACGCUCUAGUCGAGAGGAUCCUCCGAGCUCACAAGGAGAAUAAGAAGUUUCGGGUGUACGUGGUGAUUCCUCUGCUGCCGGGGUUUGAGGGAGACAUCACCACCGGAGGAGGAAGUGCUCUACAGGCCGUCAUGCACUUUAACUACAGGACCAUGAAUAGAGGAGAAUACUCCAUCAUCUCUCAACUCAAGAAAGAGAUGGAGGAUCAGUGGAUGAACUACAUCUCGUUUGGAGGACUGAGGACUCACGCUGAGUUGGAGGGUCGGUUGGUGUCGGAGCUCAUUUAUGUUCACAGUAAGAUGCUGAUUGCUGAUGACAACACUGUCAUUAUUGGCUCGGCGAACAUUAACGACCGCAGCAUGUUGGGGAAGAGGGACAGUGAGGUGGCCGUGAUCUUUGAGGACACUGAGAAAGUACCAUCGGUUAUGGAUAGGCAGGAGUACCAGGCUGGGAAAUUCGCCCUGCAGUUGCGCCUGGAGUGUUUCAAGACGAUCCUGGGUGGAUUCACUGAUCCCUCCAUCGAUGUGACUGAUCCCAUCAGCGAUCGCUUCUAUAAGGAGGUGUGGAUGACGACAGCAGGACGAAACGCUACCAUCUAUGAGAAGGUGUUUCGGUGUCUCCCCUGCAGCUUGGUGAGGAAUAAACAGGAGCUCCUGAGCUUCCAGACUAAAGCAGGUUUGGAUAAGGAGGAUCCUGCCAAAGCUCAGGAACUGCUGAAGAAGAUCCGUGGCUUCCUGGUUCAGUUCCCUCUCGACUUUCUGAGUGAGGAGAACCUCAUGCCUUCUGUUGGCACCAAAGAAGCCAUGGUGCCUACAGAGAUCUGGACCUGAUGGAGCUGACUGGUUAUAAUGUGAGAGAUCUUAUAAUGUGAACUGGAUACAGAUGAAGUGCCUUACAGAGACGACGGACGCCUGUGAUUUUAUUUUAUACCUGUGAUUAAAUGAUCCUUAUAACUGCACUGUUGUUUUAUUUUUAUUGAAGUGCUUUUAAUGUGUACAGACCAUUUUAAAGAUCUACCUGCACUAAAGAAAAAUGCUUUACUAACACUAACUCGUCACGCAUGCUGUAUCAUUUGGGAGGAAGCUGUCCAGGCAGGCAGCGUUUUUGCUCCCGAUGGGAAACUGAAAUCUAAAAUAAGUGUCCUGAUUUUCAAUAAAUGUAGGAAAGCAUGUACAGUAUAAUGCAGCCACUUUUUGUAGUCUUCACUCGGACCUUUCAGACCUGGCCUGUAGUUUUUAAAAUGGAGCUUCUGGAUUCAAGUUCUAUUUUUAAACCUGUUUGUAUUAUUGUAAUGUAUUAAUUUACUAAUGUGUUCAUGUAAUUACUAUUCUGUUUUAUUAUAUAUACAUGAAGAAACCUAUCAUUGAAAAAUCAUUAUUAAAAAAAUAAUUGACUGUG